AUGAGAGCAGGCCUGAGCACGAUCCAGCAAACCUUAACGCCGGAGGCGGCGAGCGUCUUGAACCACUCGAUCGCCGAAGCGGGUCGUCGCAACCACGGCCAAACGACGCCGCUUCAUGUUGCGGCAACUCUUCUUUCCUCCCCCACCGGCUUCCUCCGCCAAGCAUGCAUCAAAUCUCAUCCCAAUUCAUCUCACCCUCUCCAGUGCAGAGCGCUCGAGCUCUGCUUCAGUGUCGCCCUGGAGCGGUUGCCCACGGCGCAGAACAUGAGCCCCGGGAUGGAGCCGCCCAUCUCCAAUGCCCUCAUGGCCGCCUUAAAGCGGGCCCAGGCCCACCAGCGCAGAGGCUGCCCGGAGCAGCAGCAGCAGCCGCUCUUGGCCGUCAAAGUCGAACUCGAGCAGCUCAUAAUCUCGAUUCUCGAUGACCCCAGUGUUAGUCGGGUCAUGCGGGAGGCCAGUUUCUCUAGUCCGGCAGUUAAAGCGACCAUCGAACAGUCUCUUAACUCUUCAUCAGCGGCGGCGGCAGCGACCUCUACCGUCGCCGCGAAUUCGUCCCCAAUUGGAUUGGGGUUCCGGCCUGCGGGACCGCCCGCCGGUCGGAACAUGUAUUUAAAUCCCCGGCUGCAGGGAGCAGCAGGGCAAUCGGGGCAAAACCGAGCAGAGGAAGUUAAAAAAGUUGCUGAUAUUUUAUCAAGGGGGAAGAAGAGGAAUCCGGUAUUGGUCGGCGAUUCGGAGCCGGAGGCUGUGACGAAAGAGCUGUUCCGGCGGAUUCAGAGCGCGGAAUUGGGAGAAGAGCAGUUAAAGAAUGUGGAGAUCAUUCAUUUGGAGAAGGAAUUUUCUUCGGAGAGGGGGCAGAUAUUGGGGAAGAUGAAAGAGUUGAUGUCUUUAGUUGAGACGCGGAUGACCAGUUCGAAUGGGAGAGGGAUGAUUCUUGAUUUGGGGGAUUUGAAAUGGUUGGUGGGGCAGCCGGUUAGCUUGGGAACGGUUGGUCCCGGCCCCGGUGGCCAACAGGUGGUUUCGGAGGCGGGACGGGCGGCGGUGGCGGAAAUGGGGAAGGUGUUGGGGAGGUUCGGUGAGGGCGGUGUUAAUGGCGGUGGCCGGCUUUGGUUGAUAGGGACGGCUACUUGUGAGACUUAUUUGAGGUGCCAAGUCUAUCACCCUUUAAUGGAAACUGAUUGGGAUCUACAGGCAGUGCCGAUUGCUGCCAGGACACCUUUUUCCGGAUUGUUUCCCAGGAUGGGGACAACGAACGGGAUCCUUAGUAGCUCAGUUGAAUCUUUGUCUCCAUUGAAAGGCUUUCCGACUGCUCAACAGAGGCUUGUGGCUGAAAACUUGGAUCCUGUUCGAAGAACAAGCUGUUGCCCGCAAUGUACAGAAACUUGUGAGCAAGAAGUAUCAAAAUUGGUUGCAAAGGAGUAUGAGAAAUCAUAUUCUGAAUCAAAAUCGGAAGCAGCUCAACCAGCACUACCACAGUGGUUGCAGAAUGCUAAAGCCCAGGACAAUAAUGUCAAAAUGUCAGAUCAGUUGCAGACCAAGAACCAAGAUCAGACCCUGAAUGAGAAGACUCAACAAUUACGAAAGGAAUGGAAAGAUACAUGCAUGCGCCUUCAUCCUAAUUUUCAUCAGCAUAGUUUCAGCUCAGAAAGAAUUGCUCCACAACCUCUCUCAAUCACCAGCAUGUACAAUAUGAACUUGCUUGGUCGCCAAUCUUUCCAACCGAAAUCGCAACCAAACAAAAGUUUUGGGGCUCUGCAAUUGAACACAAAUCUACAGACCAGCCAAUCAUCGGAACGUGCAGCAGUUUCGCAUCCACGAAGCCCUGUAAGGACGGACCUUGUGCUUGGGCAAAAAGAAGUUACUGAAACCACCACUCCUGAGCAAAUGCACAAGGAGCACGUCAAAGAUUUCAUGGGCUGCAUGCCUUCUGAACCACUGAACAAGUUACUUGAAAGGCAAACAGAUGAUAAGCAAUUGUGCCAAUUAGAUGCUGAUUCAUUCAAAAAGCUAUACAAGGGUUUGAUGGAGGUCUGGUGGCAGCAGGAAGCAGCAGCCGCUGUCGCUUCAACUAUAACCAAUUGUAAGUUGGGUAAUGGAAAGAGGCGUGGUGCCGGAUCAAGGGGAGACAUGUGGUUGUUGUUUAUGGGUCCGGACAGUGUUGGCAAGAAGAAGAUGGCAUCAGCUCUUUCAGAAAUGGUAUCUGGAUCCACCCCGGUGAUGAUCUCUCUUAACAAUAAACGUGGUAGUUGGGAUUCAGACAUGAGUUUCCGUGGAAAAACGGUGGUGGACCGAAUAGCUGAGGCUGUGAGGAGGAACCCCUUUUCUGUAAUCAUGCUUGAGGACGUUAAUGAAGCAGAUAUGAUAGUUCGCGGGAGCAUAAAACGAGCAAUGGAGAGAGGUCGUCUUGCCGACUCUUAUGGCCGUGAAAUCAGUCUUGGAAAUGUCAUCUUUAUUCUCACUGCAAAUUGGUUGCCAGAAAAUCUGAAACACUUAUCAAAGGUCGAUUCACUUGAAGAAAAGCUUGCUUGUAUAGCUAGGAGUGGUUGGCAGUUAAAGCUAUCCAUUUGUGGAAGAAGUACAAAACGGCGAGCAACAUGGUUACAGAGCAAUGAAGACAGAGCCACAAAGCCUAGGAAAGAUGCGAGUUCUGGACUAGGAUUCGAUCUAAAUGAAGCUGCUGAUGUUGGGGACGACAGAACAGAUGGUUCACUUAAUUCAAGUGAUCUAACAGUUGAUCAUGAAGAUGAGAACCGCCUCAAUAACAGGUCAUUGCUCACAAGUACACCUUCAUCAGCACCAAGGGAAUUGCUUGAUUCUGUUGACCAUGCCAUUGUGUUCAAGCCAGUGGACUUCAACCCUAUUCAGAAAAACAUCACAAACUCAAUUACAAGAAGAUUUUCAAUGAUCAUUGGCGACAGAGUUCCCUUGGAAUUGCAAGAUGAUACUGUUGAAAAGAUCCUUAGUGGGAUAUGGCUAGGCAAGACCGGAUUAGAUGAAUGGAUAGAGAAGAUUCUAGUCCCAAGCCUCCAACAGCUGAAGUCCAGCCUAGGUGUGACACUCGACGAGUCAAUGGUCGUUAGGCUCGAAGCUGAUGGAGAUUCGGGUUGCCGGAGACAAGGAGAUUGGCUGCCGAGUAGCAUCAAUGUGGUGGCUGACGGAUUAAGGCAAUGA